AUGGCCCCGCUUUUAGCCAAACGCCUGGAUUCCAUCAUCCCACUGGAAACACCAAACCUCCAUCCCCGCAGAUAUUUCAAUAACGGCAGGGUCAACCCGCUUGCGAUCGGAUUGGGAGUGGGCAUUGCGGUUCCGCUUAUUGUUGGCUUGACCAUACUGUAUUGGAGGCAGGAGCUGAAGAAGAAGAAGAGAAAGGAGGAGAGGAAGGCGGAGGAGGAGAUUUUGAACAUGAGACUACGGGGUCAGGCCGCGCGGUUGGGGGCAGGGGAGAUGAGCGGGCCGAGGGUUUCUGCGAGGAUUGGCCCCGUUAGUCCGGCUUCAGGAGUGUCAACGAGACCGGGAGUGAAAUCUGAGGGGGAGACUGGGAGUGGAGGGAACAGGCCGAGGAAUCUGGGUUUGUUGGAUAUCACGACUCCGCUGCCCAGACGAGGAGCAUCGCCUGUGCAAUCGUCAGAGAUGAACGGAAAUGCUUCUUCUUCUGGCGUGGCUGCUUCUUCGCCAGAAACAACAGCUGGCUCGGAACCAGCUAUUCCAGAGCCUCCACCGGCGUACUCGAAAUACAAGCCCGGACUGCUGGAUGUUUGA